AUGGGCUCUUCAUCGUCAAGUCAUAACGCGGACGCCACCUCCGGUGGCCAGAAGCAUAUCUGCAUCAUCGGAUUAGGACCUGUGGGCCUCGGUGCUCUCAAAACCGUCAAAGAUGCUCCUCAGUUUAAGGAUGGAACGUGGAGAGUGACUGCAUUCGAGGGACGUGAUAACAUUGGUGGCAUUUGGUACCCUGCACCUGCGGACGAGGAUCCACCUCUCACGGCUCUGUACGAUUCCCUGACCACUAACACCCCACAUCCGUUCAUGUGCUACUCUUCCAUGCUCUAUUCACCCGGCACCCCCAUAUACUGUCCAGCAACCACUGUGCUUCAGUACAUCUACGACUUCUCUGCGCGAUUCGACCUUGAGCCGCACAUCAAGCUCAGCACCCGGGUCACUUCGGUCCACUGGAACCAAGCCUCAUCUAGGUGGGACGUCACUGUGGAAGGUCCGGCCGGCAAGGAGACUAUCCCGUUCGACCUUAUCCUCGUCUCGAAUGGGCACUUCCGCGUCCCUCGCUUCCCCCAAACACCCAGCCUUGCAACCUGGAUCUCCCAGGGGAAAGCCACACACACGGCUUUCUACAGGAGACCGGAGACAUACAGGGGCAAAUUACUCGUAGUCGGCGGCGCGUAUAGCGGACAAGACGUCGCAGCUGAGACUCGACCCUUCGCGUCCGCGAUCAUUCAUUCCAUCACAGACGCGACCCCCAAGGACCUCGAUGGUGGCAAGUUCAAGAUCCGCGGUCGCGUCGCUGAAUAUCUCGACCCCGCCGAGGGCAAGAUCGUCUUCGAGGACGGCUCGACAGAGAGCGGGGUCGAUCACGUCGUUGUCGCGACAGGCUACCAGUUCAACUUCCCAUUCCUGUCCGAGCCAGAAGUUACUCCCACCACACCCGUGCCAGUCCCCCCAUUGCCCGCCGCGCUACACAACACGACCUACCACCUCUUCCCCCUGGCGAAGCACAUGUUCCCGCUUGUGACCUCCUACCCCCCAUCAAGCCUCGCCUUCCUCGGGCUCCCCCUCCGUGUCGCGCCGUUUCCGCUCGCCGAGGUCCAAGCUCGCGCCGCCCUCCAAGUCUUCGCAGAUCCAAGCACCCUCGACAUCGCGCACGAGACCGAGGUGGUGCGCGCAAGGCACGCGACGUUCCUCGCCGAACACGGCGGCGACGUGCGCGCCGCGGCGGACGCGUGGUUCCGCUUCGGGUUUGAGGAGAUGUUCGACUACCGCGACGAGCUGUACGAGUUCGUCGGGGACCCGUACCGCAUCCCCCAGGCGGAGCGCCGGCUGUUCGAGGAGAAGGACUUCCUGCGCGAGCAGUGGCGGGCGAUCGAGCGCGAUGGGGAGGCGGAGGAGUGGUUGCGUGGUGUCGGUGCAGGCGAGGACCCUGUGCAGGAGUGGGAGGAUCAUAUGUGGAAAGUUUACAAACGCACCGUGCCUUCGAGCGAAUGA